AUAUCACAAUUCUUUAUAAUAGAGCUUUCUGACUCAAAUUGCUAGCUGAGGUAGUCACGCUUUCGUUCGGUGUAGAAAACAAUUGUCAGAACAGUUCGCUCCGGUGAAGACCGUGUCUCGGUCGGUUGUCAAACUUGUCCAAAGAGGAACUGGAGUGAUCAUGUGAUGGCCACAGAGGCAAGAGAAGCUGCACCUCCGGUCAACAGUAGCUUCAGCUUCAUUGAUCCAGAAGAGCAGUGGUUGCGGCGGAGGCUGCCUCGCCAUUUGCCUAAGCGGCCUAAUGAUAUAUAUGUGAAUAGUAACUCCAACAUUAAGGGACAAGAGGUGCGUGGUAUGAGCUUGCUAAAUGAGUCAGGCUGGGUGGUAGUUCAUGGUCUUGGAUCAGCUGUGCCCUAUGCCAUUAAUCUGGCUCUCACUCUGCAAGCUGCUGUUCGUACUCCCACUACACUCCAUACCAAUACAUCUUCAGUAUAUCUCAAUGAUGAUAUAGAACCCUCGCUGGAUGGAGUAGACCAUAAUUACCACUCUAAGGGUUGUGCAGCAGUGCACAUCAAAAUUUCCCUUCAGCAAAGUAAUGGUAAAGAAAAUUGUACCACAAAAGAUCCAAACAGAUUGGUGAAAGGAAGCUAGUUUGUA